AAGAGGAGGAGGACGAGAGCACAUUGGAUGAGAGGGAGCAGGGCGCUGCCAUUGGGGAAGAAAAUGGGAAUGAGGCUGAAAAAAACCAGACAGCAGAUGAAGUGCUGGAGCAGGAAGACACUGAAACAGUUACAGAAGGCCGUGAAGAAGAAGACAUUUUAACAUGCAGGGGGAAAAUUGGGCAGAAUGCUGAAACAGAGCUGCACACAGAUGAAUUCACAUAUGGAGAAAAAGAAGAGGAUGUGGCUAAGGACACUGAAGUCCAAACCAAAACAAGAGAAACAGAUGAUCUUGAAACAGAAAACUCAGAUGUGACAACAACAGAGAUUUCAGGAGAUGGGAGAUUUUUUGAUGAAUGUCAAGUAGAAGAGGAGAGGCUCUCCAGUGACAUAGGAAAGAAAGAAGAAACGGAGAAACCACUUGUUGAACCUGUCAUUCAAGAGUCAGGACUUUUCUUUGAGGAAGAGGAAGAAAAGUUGUCGGUUGACUCAAUGAAGACGGGGGUCGAACACUCAGAGAAGGAAUUUGAGACGGAAUUCGGCUUAAGAGAUGAGGCUGACAAGACAACAAAAGAGCUGCAAGACGGGACUGAAGAGCUUUUGGUUAAAUUUGAGAUAGAUGAAGGCCUAUGUUAUUCCAAAGAAGCUGAGGCCGCUGCGGGGCAUGAGACCACAGGAGCUGCAGCAACAGAAGUACAGAGGAUGACAGAGACAAACUUCUUUCAGGAGUCGGUAGAUGCCAUAAACUCAGAGCAAAACAGCAACAUGACACUUUCUCUACUAGACGACAUAACUGAAUCUGGAUUCCAGAAACAGUCAGAGGGUAGUGAACCUAACCUACUUGAAGAGAGUGCUGUAGAAAUGCAAGAUGCGGGGAUAGACAUGGAAGAAACGGGUUAUGCAGUUGAGGAGGAUGCAGCAGAAAUGUUAUGCAGAUCAAAGAUGCAGUAGAAAUGUUAAAUCUGCAGGUAACGGGAAUGGCAGCUGAGCUAACCACAGGAAGGAACGAAAAAGAAAAUUCUUUGAUAGCAGAAUCUGAGUUGUAUAGAGCAGUGGAGUCACUAGAGACAAGAAAUCUAAUAUUAGACAAAACACUUGAGAUAAGCAACGACGAGGUGUUAACAGAUGUAGAAGUAACUCAUGUAUCAACAACAACCGAGUCCAAACAAAAAGAUUUGACUAGAAUAUCAACAGAUGAUAUGGCAAAUGUGACAGAGUCAGAGGGGAGUCAUGCUGAAGAAACGGUUAGCUCAAUCAGUGGACGUCAAGAUGUGAUCGAUGAAGAAAUCCUUGACUUGUGGCUACAGACGGCGUUGCCAGAGGACACUGAUGGCAUAAAACAACAAGAAGUCAGUAGACAACGAAUAGACAUGGGAAUAGAGCCAUCAAAUGAGGAACAAGAUGGAAUCUCAUCAGUGCAGACAGAGAAAGAUAAAGAGCUGCUUGUGGAGUCAUGUUCAGAGAAGUCUGAAGUAGUGAGUGACACAGAUAUGUCUUCAUCAACAGUAGAGUCUGGAUUUUUGGACCAGUCUCUCAGUGAAUGGGGCACACAAAACAAUGAAACUCAGCUAUUGAAAUCAACUAGCACUGGGUCAUUUCAAGGCAUAUAUGACUUGUUGGCUAAUAUGUCAGAAUCAGCAGACAUCUCUGAAUUGUCUAAACAACAGGUUAACUCUGGAUCUCAGGAUUCAUUGAUGGAGGAAACGGCUGCGACAGGGCAAUCAAAUGUGCUUCACCCUGAUUCAAGAGUUACAUCAGAGGCUAAACAUCCAAACCAAGAAUUGGAUAAAUCACAAGAAAGAGUUGAAACAGUGGAGACUGAAACUGGAUCACGGAAAGAGAUUAAUGCUGAGAUAACAGAUUUGGCACGGGAUGAUGCCUGGAAAGACACAGAAAAGGCAGAUGUUAAGUCACUAACAGAAAUGAGCGCUCCUUUCAAAGAUGAGCCUCUCGAGAUUACUCCGUGUGAUUCUCCAGAUGAAAUCAAACACACUGAAACAGGACAAACUAUAAGUGGCUCUGAGACUUCGUCAGUGGAGGGAAAUGUGUUGACAGAAUCGGUUUCACAAGGCGACACCUACACCGAUUCCGAGAAGUUAUUGAAGUUGCCCUCACUGGACAAACCACAGCCCGGAUGGUCAGAAGACAUUGCUGACUCAUUUCCUGGACUGAACAGGGCUGGGGUGCCGACGACAGAGUCUGAAAAUCAGAUGGAGUCAUUGCAGGUCGACGCCUCUGUGCUGGACUUUACUGCGCAAAGGUCAAGAAUUGCUGUUAAAAACCGUCGUGUAAGGCCCCCCAAAGAUCCCCGCUCCCUGCUGCAUAUGCCCUCAGCGGAUCCCACACCCUCUUCACAUCUGCCAGUCAAAGUCCCUCCAGGUGUGCCUUUGGGAGGUUUGGGCAUUGGAAUAAAGCUGCCUGGGUUUGGUGCAGGUUUUCCUGUUUUAAAAAAGACGCGACAGGUGGCAAGAGAUGAGAAUAGCCAGGAAACCCUCCCACAGUAUCAACAGGAACCUGAGACAAAGCCAGAGGAGAAGAGUGACACUCCCAAGCAAGAGGAGGCACAACACAAACCUAAAUGGAUGCCACCAAGACAUCCAGGAUUUGGAAAUCCACUUAUGUCUGAACUGAAGACCAAACUGAAGAAAACCACAAAAGAGUGAGAAGAAGAUGGAAGAAAAUGCUUUGUGUUCAUAUCUGAAUGUAAAAUAUAAAUUGCUUUAUUUUUGAUGUGUGUAUCAAACUGAUUACAGUGAUGAAAGGUUCGUUGUGACAAUUACGUGGCCAAUGUAUAACUUUUGUAAUAAAGCCUCACUGUAAAUGGAA